AUGAUGUACGUGGUGGUGGUGUCCGCGGCAGUCCUAGCGUUUUCCUGCAAUGCUGCUGAUCAACAGCCCGAAGACGUAAAGAAAUGGUUGGAACAGAGGGAAAACCACAAGAAGAUAACAAAACUUCAUUUCUACUUUCACGAACUACGUGAAAGAACUUCUACUCUUGUGGCUCAAGCCAACUCUAGUGCAACAUCACCAACUUUCUUCGGCGUGACCUAUGUGAUGGAUGAUCCGCUGACAGCAGGCCCUGAGUUCACGUCGGAGCCUGUAGGGCGAGCUCAGGGCCUGUAUGCCUCGGCCUCCAAGGAGGAAGCGGGUUUGGUCUGUGUAUUUAAUUUUGUGUUUACUAAUGACAAGUACAAUGGAAGCAGUUUGAGCAUUUUCGGCUACAAUCCAACUCUUCGACAGAGUAGAGAGCUUGUGGUGGUGGGAGGGACUGGUGUUUUCCGGAUGGCCCGCGGAGUUGCGGUGUUAAGCUUCGUUUACUUUGAUGUGGCUGGUGGAAAUGCUACGGUUGAGUACAAUGUUAUAGUUGAGCAUUAUUAA